AAUGCAUGUGUCCUUGUCUGCUGUCUUCCCGGUAAAGCGGUUAUACAAGUCGGUAAGUCCGUUCUUCUUGGAGCCGGUAGAGGAGUCAGCACGGAGGACUCACCGAGGGACAAACUAAAAACUCCUGUCAUCUGCUGCCAAGGUUUUGUGGUGCCAUGAUGAAGAAAGUUGUGGAAGCAAUCCUGCUGUUGUUGCUGCUGUUUUUCACCGCGCAUGCAAAGGGAAAACGCUAUAGCCCGCCAGGGAAGCCUGCACUGACAAGAUGUCGUUCUCCCGAAAAAGAGACCUUCACCUGCUGGUGGGAGCCGGGCUCUGAUGGGGGACUGCCCACAACCCAUGCCCUGUACUAUCGCAAAGAAAGCUCCGACACAGUGUACGAGUGUCCCGACUACCACACAGCCGGAGAGAACUCCUGUUUCUUUAACAAGAACAACACGUCCAUCUGGGUCAACUACAACAUCACCGUGGUGGCCACCAACACACUGGGCAGCUCCUUCUCCGACCCCGUUGAUGUAGAUGUGGUGUACAUUGUCAAGCCUAAUCCUCCAGAGAAGGUUACAGUGACUGUCAUGGAGGAUAAGGGCUGGCCCUUCCUGCGGGUGUCAUGGGAACCGCCACAUAAGGCUGACACCCGCUCCGGUUGGAUCACUCUCAUCUACGAGCUCCGCGUCAGGUUGGAGGAGGAAAAUGACUGGGAGAUCCACCUUGCAGGCCAGCAGAAGAUUUUUAACAUCUUCAGUCUGCGGUCAGGUGGGAAAUACCUUGUGCAGGUGCGCUGUAAACCCGAUCAUGGCUUUUGGAGUGAAUGGAGUUCCACUUCCUACAUCAAAGUUCCCGACUAUUUUCAUCAAGAGAAGUCAGUAUGGAUCCUCAUUACUGUCUUUUGUGCCUUAAUCUUCCUCAUCCUCUCCUGGUUGCUACACAUGAACAGUCACAGUCUGAAGCAUUGUAUUCUGCCACCAGUCCCCGGCCCCAAAAUCAAAGGUUUUGAUAAGCAGCUUCUCAAGAAUGGCAAGUCUGACGAGGUCUUCAGUGCGCUGGUGGUGUCUGAUUUCCCUCCGACCACAUCAUCUAACUAUGAGGACCUGCUGGUGGAGUACUUACAGGUGUACAUCCCCGACGAGCAGGAACUGAUGCACGAGGAAAGCAAAGAUCUGCACAUCAGUUGCCUCAAAUCUGAGAUUUCCACAUCUGACAGCGACUCCGGACAUGGCAGCUGCGACAGCCACAUUUUGCUGACGGAUAAGUGUGGAGAGGCAAAAGAAGAAGAGACGCAGACAGAUCCACAGAGGCGCCAGAGGAGCUGGGAAGAGGAAGCGUUGAGCUCUGCUAAUGGAGACAUGGUUAGCCCUGACAUGACCAGUGGGAGAGUGAAGACCUGGCCCUCUGUGUUUUCUCCACUGCCUCAGUACAAUUCGAGCCCACUGGAACAACAGAGCUCACUUGCCAAACAGUACUCCCUCUCUACGUCCUCCUACCUCACCCAGCCCGGCCACAGCACCAAGGAGGCCCUCGGACCGAGCUACUGGGACUUCUGCUCGAGCAACAAGCAAGCUCAUCUGCUCCAUCCCCAGACGCAGGUCCGCCAGCAACUCCAGGCCCACAGCGAUGUCAACAUCUCCAGCAUUGGUCACAAACAGACACCUGCUGGUCUGCGGUCACCGGCUCUGAGCGCCACAGAGUACGUUGAAGUCCAGAGGGUCAACGAGGAGGAUAUGGUGCUGCUCCAGCCCAUUGUGUCAGGCUGUGGCAGCAUGGAAGGCUGCACCCAGAUACCCCUGGGGGAGGACUACAGCAAGGUGAAGGGGGUGAACAGUGACAACAUGCUGCUGCUCCAGAGAGAAGUGAUGGAAGAGGACAGGUGCUCUUGUGCGGACCAGGAGGUGAACGGAGUAACAGGGAACUGCUGCACAUCAUCUACGCAGAAGUCUGCAGCCUGCAUUCACACUGCCACGCCGCUACAAGACGAAACGGUCCUGGCAGUGAAUGGUUAUGUUGACACUGCCACCAUAAGCUCACCACUCACUUGCUCCGGGGCCCUUUAGCCCAACUGGCAGGUCUGGGACAUUGUAAGACCUGUUUCAGACUGAGACUGAGACAAAA